AUGGUCCUCGAACUUUCCAAUGCAAGUCUUGUUGAUGUCGACCGGAUUGCCGACAUCCACCUUGCAGCUUUCAGCUCCAAUAUUCUCCUCCAUGCUCAGUUCCCAACCGUCCCAAGUCUCGCGUCAUUGCGAUCUGUUCUAAUUCAAGAGAUGCUACACGCCAUUGAAACCACUGAGACCGCCAGAAAGGCUGUGUUGGUGGUAAGAGACUCAGAGGCCAAUGGCCAAAUCAUAAGCUUUGCGAAAUGGGAUUUGCCUGGCGUUCUGCAGGACCCCAAGUCACACGUUCUUUGGCACGAGGAUGUGAGGCAGGAAUAUCUUGAAGAUUACCUUGGUUUAGCUGGAGCUGCUAAAGACAGAGUGAUCGGGGAUGCGGCAUGCUAUCGACUCACCUUCAUCGGCACCGAUCCUGCCUUUCAAGGACGGGGCGCCGCAAGCCUGUUGACCGAAUGGGGUCUUUCAAGGUCCAAGCGGGACAAUAUCCCGAUAUAUCUUGAGAGUACGACUACUGCUUUACCUUUGUACCGAAAGCUCGGUUUCGUCGCACUUGAUGGGUUUUCCAUGACCCUACCAGGAGCAAUAGUAGAGGAGGGCCCAAAAGUCUAUGAGGAAUUAUGCAUGUUACGCUCGUGGGAUGACGAUCAAAUGUCAGGGAUGGAUCGCUGGGACUCAAGUCUCAAUAUCUCAAGCCUUACGACGGAUUAUGAAAUUGGUAUCAAGCCUCAGCAUGUAGUUCAAGCUGUCUAUGACCGCAUUGAUGCGUACAAUGAAGUUCAGUCGUCCGUAUGGAUCUACCUCCACCCUAUAGGCGAGGUCAUGAAGGCUGCACAUGGGCUCUAUACCCGCUGGCCAAAUCCCACGAACCGGCCGCCGCUUUGGGGGAUCCCUUUCAGUGUCAAGGAUAACAUAGAUGUUGCCGGUAUACCUACGACGGUUGGCUGUCCAGCUCUCGCUUUCACACCUACUUCCUCUGCGCCCGUCUAUCAACGCUGUAUCGAUGCCGGUGGCCUCUUCAUUGGCAAGACAAAUAUGGAACAACUUGCUACAGGAAUGACGGGCUGUCGAAGUCCGUAUGGAACUCUCCAUUCAACCUUCAGCGACAGCCAUAUUGUUGGUGGGUCCAGCAGCGGUAGUGCUGUUACUGUGAGCGGUGGACUAGUGUCAUUCUCUCUGGGCAGUGACACGGCCGGGUCCAUUCGGUUGCCAGCGUUAUACAAUGGAGUUGUUGGUUUCAAGCCUACGAAGGGCACGGUUUCUACUUCAGGUGUCUACCCAGCUUCUCGACAUCAAGACUCCGUCUCCUUUUUGGCCGCCAAUAUCCAUGAUGCGGAAACCGUUUGGAAAGUUUGCAGGGGCUUUGAUAAACGCGACGUCUUCUCCAAGCGACCGUCCCUAUCAUAUCCACAAUGUCAUUCUGGAAAAGUGUCAUCUGCCCACUUCGGUGUCCGUUUCGGUGUCCCGCCUAAUGCAGCUCUUGAACAAUGCAGUCCCGAGUACCGCAGGAAAUUUGCGCAGGUCGUUGAAAUCCUCAAGGCGAGAGCUGGAGAGCCCGUGACCAUCGACUGGGCGCCUUUUUCCUCUGCGAAUGACUUAUUGUACAGCAGCUCCUUCGUCCUUGAACGGCUCACAAUUCUGCCUGGCGGUUGGUUCGAAGAAAAUAAGCAGUUACUACAUCCAGUCACCAAGCAAGUCCUUGAAGGCGCCUUAACACGGAAUAGUUCGGCAGUAGAUCUCUUUCGUGAUCUGCACAAGCAAGCCGAAUGUAAGAGGGCCGUGGAGGAAAUGUUAGCUUGUGACCAUGAUGCACCCGCAGAUGAAGAUAUCUUCAUGGCCGUGGUGGUUCCAACCGCACCCUUCCAUCCCACCAUCGCAGAGGUUGAAGACGAUCCGAUUGGACUCAACGUAAAGCUGGGAGCAUUUGCUCAGUUUGCCAAUGUCCUCGAUCUGGUUGGUGUCGCCAUUCCAUGUGGAACCUAUGACACCGAUGACACCGCAGCUACUGGAGUUAGAAAGACAACAUUGCCAUUUGGCGUGACUAUCCUGGCAGGCGCUGGGUUCGAUGAGCAACUUUCAAUACUGGCCAAGGACUUGGAAGAGGUCUUGGGCGACCUACAUGACGAGGGGCAGGUGGUUGAUGAUUCGAUUAACUUGGAAAGUCCCCCAACCACGUCGGGGGAACCGGGACCUCGAGAUAUUUAA